UAUUAAUAAGUAAAGGAUGUGCGGUUACCCAAAGUUUCUGGCGCCCUACAUGUAAAUGCUCCUUGCUUCUCUCAUUCUCUCUCUCUCUCUCUCACUUGCUUCAAUUGACAUCCGAACAUGUCUCUUAAUAAUCAGUGUCGUUUGUGUGUGAAUGUAUGCCCCAAGGGCAAAAGUCUGUAUGAUAAUGAUGGCCAGCAAAAUGAGUUGUACUCCGUUAUUCUUAAUUAUUUCCAUCCCAAGUUUUUGGAUUUGUGUCAAGCCAAACAUCUGAAAACGAUAUGUGAAAAAUGCUGGCAAUCUAUAGAUGAUUUUUUGAAAUUUCAAGUCAGUGUGGAAGAGGCUCAAUUGAAGCUCUUGGUGAAAAACGAAAACCAGCAGGUAAAAGAGGAACAGCAAGAAGCUCAACAAUUUGAGAUAUUGGAAGUUGAUGAAGACCUUUCACAUAUCAAAGUUGAGAAACAGGAAGAGGCAGAGGAGGAGGAGGAGGAAUUUUUAGGUGCACCCUAUGAAGCUGAACUUGAGACUGAUCAAGCCAACGCUGAAUUGGAGGAAUGCAGUGAAGCAGAGGAUAUAGUUAACAAUGCUACAACGUUCCACGAUAAUUCUGAUGUUGAAGCCUCCGAGAACUUCAGUUCCGACAAUGAAAUGCCCAUGACAAGUCGUAAAAGCAAAAUACCCGCCUUGUGUAAUCUUGAAAGUUCGGAAAAUCUUUCCAGUCUUAACGAAAUGAUUUUCAAAUUUAUGGAGGCCAUAAAAUGUGUCGAGUGCCCAGAGAGUUUUCAAUGCUACAAAGAAUACCGUCAACAUUUUCGUCUUGCCCACUUUAGAAAAGAAUUCUAUUUCGAAUGCUGCAAGAGAAAAUUCAAAAGCCAAAGUAGAGUUCUAGAGCAUGUGCAAUUCCACAAUAAUCCAGAGGCAUUUAAGUGCCCAGCCUGCGCCAGAUGUUUUGCUACACGGACAAGCCUGUUGAGGCACAUGUCUAUGGCCCAUUCCCAAUAUUUGGAUCAGAAAUAUCCCUGCGAGCACUGUGACAAAUCAUUCACUACUCUGAAAAAUCUAAAUGUCCAUCGCACCAAAAAGCAUAUGAUGGUGAGAAAAACCAUAUUUCCCAAACCGGAUGAAGAGGGCAUGUUGAAUUGUGUCGAUUGUAGCUAUCGCACUCCCUCCCAGUCGAAUUAUUCAACGCAUCGUUGGUAUGUGCAUAAUCCUAGCAACAGUUUUGUUUGCUCCAUAUGUAAUCAAGGCUUUAAAGUGGGCUCUAUGCUGCGUUCCCACAUGGAGAAACAUGAAAAUGGCGGCAUUAUUAGAGAUUCUGAACAUUGGCCACAUCGCUGCGAUAAGUGUUUUAGAAGAUUCAAAUAUGAACAAAGUUUGCAACGUCACAAGGAUGCCAUGCAUCCUUUGGGUGCCACAAAUAAUGAUAUUAAAACAGCUUCGUCGCUCACUUUGCCGGUGCUUUAUCCCUGCAACAUGUGUUUCAUGAGUUUUACGGUUUACAAAAGUCUAACACAACAUAAGAGAAGGAAGCAUCCUAAAAAGAAGUCCAAUGAUGAGAUGACGACAAAUGAAGAAUCAGGCUUGGCCUAUAUGGAUUGUGCAAUCACAGAAGAGUCGGUCACCUCGAUCAAGGAAGAGGAGAAGGAGGAGGAGAAUCUAUAGAAUCUAUUCGGCAAGUGUUUAAAGGGAAAGUAAAAUUCAUGAAAAGCUUAAGGAAUCAAGUCUUAAGAUGUGCAAAAUUCUAAGAAACAUGCUUGGCUCGAAAUAAACUAAUUUAUAUAUUUUUUUUAUACAAAUUGUUUUCUCUAUACCUUUUUUUAGGGAAAUUAUUAAAAAAAAAAUAAAUAAUUAUUUUAUAUCUCUUAUGGUUUAGGAAAUUAAUUUUAUAAGUGUGCACUGUAAAUAAUUUUGUAGAUAGAGUAAAAAAAAUAAAAUUUUUGAAAGUCCAAAAGCCAACAA